GAGAAGAGAACGGAUUGCUAACCGAGCUAGCCGGAUCCUCCCGAUUAUAGAAACACGACUGAACGUGGUCAUGUUGCACACGGUAGGCUUCAUUUCGUAAAAAAAAGAAGCCCGCACUGGAAUACCUGUCUCGCCGCUAAAGGGGCCAGCGGACUCACCGGUGUUUUGGACGGAAUAACAAAGCCGACCGUUUGGGAUUGCAAAUCGAGCCGUGCGAGUUAGCUGGCCUAGCUUGCCUAGGCAGCCGGACUCGGGAGCUCGUCUCCCAAAACAAGAAUGGGGUCUAGGUCCACUCGGAUUAGCUUGCUAGUAAAGUGACCUUUGAUUGUAUUCUCUGAUGGCAAAUUUCACGAAUCACCAGGACAGCAAAGCAGCGAUGUUGAUGUUGGAGACGCAGCAGAGGGACGUGGCGGCGAAAUCUGCGGCCGCCACCGCGAACGGAGACGGCUCGGUCGGGGAACCCCCUUCCCCGUUAAUUAAUAUCGGCGGCGGCGGCGGCGGUGGAGGAGGAGGCGGCUCUCGAUUCCAUCAACACUUACCGCCCUCCAACCAUCACCACCACCACCACCUCAGCCACCAUCACCCGCCGCCCGGCCAGCCGAAGGAUCCACAGCAGCAGCCGCCGCCGCAUCAACACUACCAGCUGGCUCCACAGCAGCAUCUCUCCGGCGAAAGCAGCGCGGAGUCCCCGGCCAGGAAAGCCGCCUCCUCGUCUGUCAGCCAGGUACACGCCGAGGACCCCGCCGCUUCCUCCGCGGCCAGCACUAGCGGCGGCGGCAGCAGCAGCAGCAGCCAUGUAUACGCGUCGGUGAACGUCGCAAAUACCUCGGAUGUUGUGGAUGAUAUUCGCAAGUAUGGCUACCUGAGGAAGCAGAAACACGGGCACAAGAGGUUUUUCGUGCUGCGGGCGGCCAGCCAGCUCGGGCCGAGCCGCCUGGAGUACUACGACAGCGAGAAGAAAUUCAGGAACAGCCUGCGGUCCGCUGCUGCGGCCGCCGCCAGCGGUGCUGCGGUCGCCCCUUCUCCCCCGAAACGGGUUAUUUACCUCUACCAGUGCUUCACGGUAAACAAAAGGGCGGAUUCUAAAAACAAGCAUCUCAUUGCCCUCUACACUAAGGAUGAGUACUUUGCCAUUGUGGCUGAGAACGAGCAAGAGCAAGAGGACUGGUACGUGGCUGUCAGUGAGUUGAUGAGUGAGGGUAAGAAAGGGCACUUGGAUUCAGAUGAUUUAGAUGAUGGAUAUGGUACGGUCACCCCUGGUACUGUGUUUAAGGAGGUGUGGCAGGUGAAUGUGAAACCCAAGGGAUUGGGUCAAACUAAAAACCUCACAGGUGUUUACCGGCUAUGCCUCUCAACUAAAACCAUCCACCUCGUUAAGUUGAACUCUGAAACCCCCUGCGUCAACCUGCAGCUGAUGAAUAUCAGGCGUUGUGGACACUCAGAAAGCUUCUUUUUCAUUGAGGUGGGCCGCUCCUCCUCUAUUGGGCCGGGGGAGAUUUGGAUGCAGGUGGACGAUUCUGUUGUGGCCCAAAACAUGCACGAGACCAUCCUGGAGACCAUGAAGGCCCUGAAAGCCUUUGCUGAGUUUCGGCCCAGGAGCAAGAGUCAGUCAUCGGGCUCUAACCCCAUGCCGUUCAUCACAACGCGGCGUCACCUUGGCAACCUGCCGCCAAGCCAGACGGGGCUCCAGCGACGGUCCAGGACAGAGUCUGUCGUUGGCACGCCGCCGUCAAGUAAGAGCUCUGGGGCCAGCGGCUAUCGCUUCCGAACAUCCAGCGAAGGGGAGGGGACGAUGAACCGGCCGUUCCGCUCUGCUACAGGAAGUCUGGUUCACCUCAACACCGCCCGUGCCCAGCUGGGCCGACAGGAAGGAAGCGGCGGCAGCAGUGGGAGUGGCGUCAGCACAGGAAAUGCUGGCACAAGUACGGGGACUAGCCGUUAUGUCAGAGCCAUACCGGGGUCGUCAUCAUCCACUUACCACGCCCGCUCGGCGUCGCUCCCGGUGUCCCACUUUCCCUCCACCACCAGCCCUGUGAGCGUCUCCUCCAGCAGUGGCCAUGGCUCCGUCUCUGACACGCUCACCCGCCCAUCGAGUGCCUCCAUCUGUGGCUCACCGUCUGACGGAGGCUUCAACUCCUCGGAUGAGUACGGCUCUAGUCCCGGCGACUUCCGGUACUUCAGAGUACGAAGCAACACUCCCGACUCACUGGGCAACACCCCACCAAUUAGAGAGGAGAAUUGUCUUAAUGAUUACAUGGCAAUGGGCUGGCACCGGGAGGUGUUUGGCACCAGUGGUGGCUCUGGGAACAAUAGUGGAGGCGACACACCACGGGACGAAAGCACGUCAACAGAGGAUGAGCGCUUCUCUUCAUCGUCUCUGAGGAGGCGGACGCACUCUUUCUCCAGACCUACAGGUGGCGCAACAGGUGGAUCGGGGGUGGCAGUAUACCAGAAGAUGACCCAGACCACCUUUUCAUUGGACGAGGGGUCAGUAGGGGAGGCAGUGCUGCCAUUUGGCAGCGGGCUACUCCGCGGCGGGCCUUCCUCCUCUUCUUCCUCACUCCGCUCAGACUACAGCUCCUGCUCAGAGCACAGCCAGCAGAGCCGACCCUCCACGCUCUCUCGGACAGAGGCCAGUGGAGAGCGCCCCCCCCUCGCCACCACCUCCUCUUCCAAGGAAGACAGCGGCUACAUGCCCAUGAUGUGCGGUGUGGCCGCCUCCCCCCGGGACACUCCUCCUGACUACAUGCCUAUGCAACCCAGUUCCUACUCCCACCACGUCUCCCACUCCCCCCAGUUUCACAGCCCAGCUUUAGGUUCUCGUUCAGCCCACCCGCAGCCCCAUCCGCACCCCCAGCUCCAGCCCCAGUCCUCUACAGACUCCCAUGGUUACAUGAUGAUGCUCCCCGGGGGCAGCGGCAGCUCUCCCUCCCCGGUGCAGGCGUCUCCCAGCCCGCACAGCAGCUCGAGCAUGGCUGGUUUUAGUGCUGGUGCCAGUGGCGACGACAGUAUAGCGGAGAGACCUGAAAACGGGGAGUACAUGGACAUGUCGUACAGCAGCAGUGGGGGGCGCAAGCUCUCAAAUGAAGGGGGUAGUGGGUACUAUGCACUUAGCACGCCUGAGGGCACUCCCAAAUCCUACAGCCCUUACUUCUCCCUCCCUCGCUCCUACAAGGCACCUGCUAGAGACAGAGAAGAGAAGGAGUAUGGGGAAUAUGUUCCUAUGAGUUCUCCUGCCAAGCCAGUCUAUUCGUCAGUUGCCACAACUUCGUUGUCAACCCCGGAGAAGAGGAGCGGGGGAGGCAGUAACACGGGCACUCCCUCUCACCCGCCGCCACCAUAUGGAGCACAACAUACGACCACAGUGAUGGCUGACAGGCGCGUCGUGAGGCCCAACCGCCUCCCUUUAGGCAGAAGGAGCUUCCAUGGCUCGCUGCGGGUUGGUGAGCCCUCCACGGCGACUGCAGGCACCUCAACCUCUGUCCCCGCCACCGGUACCUCAUCAGACGGACCCUCCAGUCCAGGGGAGUAUAUUAAUAUAGAGUUUGGCGAUCAGUAUCCCCACCAGCAGCAGCCCCCCAGCUCCUAUCCUCUCUCUGCCCAAGACAAUGCACCUUCCCUGGGAUCCUGUGACCCCCGUCACUCCCCUCCCCAGCCUCACCUCCAGGCCCACCAGGACUACAUGAGUGUGGAGUUGGGGGCGGAGCAGCAGGACAGCGCCGGGUGUCUGAGUAAAAACCAAAUGCCCCGACCCAGCCUCGUUGCCCCAUGGAACCCACCCAGCUACAUCCGACCCCUGGCCACCAAUCCCGCAGUGCUGGCCUCCCCCGGCGUCCCCGCUGCCAGCCACUGGAGGUCGAUGGGGGACGACUACACGGACAUGACCUUUAACCUUGGCCGGGGCGAGAGGCCGCAGACGAGCCCCACUGCCAUGCUGCAGCACCUCUGUGUGAUGGAGGGACGGUACGGCCACGCUCCCGCUGCCUCCUCAGCCUCUUCCUCUAUCUCCCCCCCUCUCCCUCCAUCAUCAAGCCCCGGGAGGCCCCCGCCGCACCAGCCUGAGCCCAAGGUGGUGCGAGCUGACCCCCAAGGGAGGAGGAGACACAGCUCGGAGACUUUCUCCUCCACCUCCUCCUCUAACUCGACUCCCCCUGGCGGAGGACUGGGCCCCUCGUCCUCAGCCACACACCCCACCCUGGCUAACCCCGCAGCCCCAAACGGAUCCUACCUAACAGAGGGCCAGGCUUCCAGAUGGGCAAGCUCUGGCUCUUUUGACAGUGUGUGGAUGUCCGUGGAGGGGCUGGGGGACUCGCCAGCUCACCACGCCCCGGUACGAGCCUUGGAUUCGGCCGGUGCCGCCUCCGGGACCUCAGCAUCCUCAUCCUCUGCCUCACUGGGAGUCGGGAGAAUGUGCCGGAACAUGUCUGUGGGUUACCAGAACGGGCUCAACUACAUUGCCUUGGAGCUGAGGGAGGAUGGGAGUAACGCCGGCGUGAUGACAGGAGCCGGUGGCGGCAGCAACGGGAGCUCGUCGUCAGCCGGGACGGUGCCUCUGCCCGAGAACGGAGCCUACGCCAGUAUAGACUUCACCAAAUCUGAUGGAGUCACCACGACAACCAAGGACUGAGCAGCGGGACAGCGGAGCUUCCCCACCCUCCUCCUCCUCAUCUUUCCACUCGGGGCACUUGACUCUGCCUGUGACCUUUGGCCUCGCCGCCGGUGACCUCUGACCUUCGCUCGGACCGAGGAGCCACUCCCUUCUGAAUGCAGCAAAACAACACCAACACAACAGACGACGACGACGACGACAACGCU